AACAGCGGAUGAUUCGAGGCCGGGCCGCUGCGCCCCUCCACUAGCCGAAUGUUCCCGCACACCGUUAUCAGAGCGACGAUAAGAAAUGUGCUGAGGGAGUGCAGGGGACAUAAACCUUUUUUUUUGCAUAGCCGCCUAUCAAAAACGGAUUACCUUACCAAAGCAUUCGCUCAAAACUGCUGGCUGAAAUCACUGCAAGCUUAGGCUAGCAGCAACAUCACUUGGCAACACAGCGAGACGUGUUACUGAGCUGACCGUUUGCUGGAUGACAGACUCCAAAACGUACGGAUGCUGAUCUCUUAUUUGAAGUAGAUGGAAUACAUGGAGGCUUUUGCUGCUCUUUCGGGAGACUGGUUGUAAUGUCUAACUGUUUUGUAGUCUGCCCAAUCAAGGUGACGACAGCUAACGUUAGCCCGUUAGCGCACGAGCUAUUUGGGUAGUGUAAGACAGGGAAAUAGAUCAAAUAUUGAGUUAUAUUUUGAAAUAUCUUCAGUGAGGAAACUAAAGGAACACGCACGCGCGAAGUGUGUACAUUUUUUUGUCUUAAGGCUGCACUUCCUCAUCGGAUAACAGCGCUUGUCACUGAUGGUAUGAGGAAUACCAGGGGAUGCUUGAUAUCUGGUGAAAACUUGACAUCUCUUUGAGAACUGGGUAAUGUUACAUAUCCAACUCGCUUUUUCGCGAUUUUUUUAACUCCAUAAAACCCCAUUUUGCUAGUGGUCGGUGCCAAGCAAUAUUGUUAUAGCGUCACAAUGUAGACAUUGUUUUACACACUAGCGUCUAUUUGUCCAACAACACAGCUGCAUGGAUCAGGUUGAAGACUUCUGUUAAAGAGUCCUAUGUGGUUUGCACACGCGGGUCCUGAAGCGCUGGUAGCCGAUGUCAGAGUGUAUGCAAAAGCUUUGGACGGACCCUAUGGGAAUAUGAGGAGGUUACCCUCAUGCAACGAGGCUACUGCGAGCCAUUCCCUACCUCAUACAAGUUAUUAAAACGCCCGUUUCUAUAAAGCCCCGCGGUUCCCGAUGGUGAAACUACCCAGCGACUGUUUCAUGAGCAGCAGAAGAAAGCCGCCCGUUCUCGGGUUACCUAUGAAGUCGAGCUGACAGAAACUGCUGGGGAAUGUUUGGAAGGGUUAGGCAGGGCGUGACCGCACUUUGUUUAAAUGUUAAAUGCAACACUGUAUGUUAGCGAAGCUCACUAUGAACGCGGGCUGCAACUUCUACGUCAAUCCGUGUGGAUGACACCGCCGCUGUUUAAAGCCAACCAGCGGGAUCGCGGUAUUUCAAAUUAAACGAACAAAGAGCGGGUUUUUAAGUCAUGUAACUGGCUGCACAUGACCGGACUGGACUCCCCCGAGUAAUGUCUAGGGUGUCAAAUCUUUUUUUAGUCUGUGUUGUACGCGCACGUGUAGAUGUGUAGUGUAGUUCUUUUGGCGUCGUGACGGUUUCUGGUUGCUAUGGCAUUUUUAAACGGCCCCCGACUGCUGGACUGGGCAAACUCUCCUCCACAUUUACAGUUCAACAGAUAUGUCUUGACCGGCUAUAGACCAAUCUCCUCCGUCCAGGAGUGCAUUAAAAGUCUCUUCUAUCUGCACAAUGAGCUGGGGAACAUCUAUACUCAUGGAAUCCCUCUGCUCUGCUUCCUGGUGCUGCUCCCACUCAACAUCCCCUGGUCUCAGAUCAGCGUGACGUGGCUCGGCGUGGUGCACUUCCUUGCUUGUUUGUCUCCACAGCUGGGAUCAGUGGUCUACCAUCUCUUCAUGAACCAUGAGGGUGGCGAGCCUGUCUACAAAAGGCUGCUUACGCUCGAUAUGUGCGGAAUCUGCAUGAUCAACACGCUAGGAGCCCUGCCUAUCCUGUACAGCACUCUGCUCUGCUACCCCUUCAUACGCACAGUGGCUCUGCUGAUAUACAUCCUGCUAUCCAGUUACGCCAUCUACUGUGCCAUCACAGCACGCAGCAGAGUGCGACGCCUGCGUUCCUUUGCCUGGCAAGCACUUUUCCGCUUCUCGUUUUUCCUACUGCGUUGGGCGGGUGUGGGCGGAGGGAGUCCCACCUCUUUGCGUCACUUCGUCACCAUGGAUGCACUUGCGGUGUUGGGCGGGGUCAUAAAUAUCACCCGGAUUCCCGAGCGUUUCCGCCCAGGCCUGUUUGACUACUGGUGCAACAGCCAUCAGAUCAUGCACGUCCUGGUGGUGGUUUCUAUACUGUACUUGCACUGGGGGGUACUGGACGAUCUACUGUGGAUCAACAGCCAUGACUGUCACUCUGACUGAAAGUGGCCCUGCUGGUCUGGAUUUGUGGGGUGUGAGGACCUCUUUUAGUAAUGAAAUGUAUCGUAAUCGGGCUUGGAAGGGGGGGUGGCUGUUGUGCUUUGUAUAUAUAUGUGUGCACGAAAGAAGUGUUUUACAUGUUUUUAGGGGACACCAGUGCCAGCAUCGACACACAUGCUUGUUUGUGGCGUCAGAAUGUACAUAUCUGUCUUUGCAUAAACAUUGUCUGUGCAUGGCACUAUUAGGAUCUAUUAUCUCAAACAGAGGCAGGUUUUUUAUUUAUUUAUUUAUUUAUUUUAGACUUAAGUGAUCUGUAAGCUUACACUCACGUUUAUAUGUACACACAUGAGCAUACACAGGGGAUCUGACAUUAUGUGAUGUCAUAUGUUCACCAGCAUUGAAAGCGUUUAUUGAAUAUCGUCUUGCCUUUUGUUGUUCUGAUAAAAUGAGACGAAAUCGAGCCCACGAAUGAUUGGCUCUCAGAUUUACACUUUCACUUAAUCAAAUUCUCAUUACUCGAAAUAACUGUUUGAAAGCAUGGGGUUUCGGAAAACAUUUUAUUCUCAAUAUUGCUGGUGACACAAACAAGAGAUUGCAAGUGCAGAAAUAAUGUGUGCACUGAAUUAGACAACCUGUUACACUAUUACAGACUAUGCAGCAUAUCAAAUGUUACAGCAUUGCUCACGGCUAAUGCCACACAAACAGGCACUCAAAACAUACUGCAUGACCAGUCUCACAGCAGCAUUUACUGGAAAUACUUGAGUUAACUUUUUUUUAUCAAAUUUUUCUGUUGUGUCGGUAUGGGUCCAUAUUUAUUGUGUGAAAGGCAAAGGGGUCAUGCUUUGGUUUGUAGCCGUGCCAUUUGUAUGUUUUCUGGCUGACUAAAGUUGUCGGGUGCACUUUACUCAGUAUAUGCUUGUUAUCGUCUAUAAAGGUCGCCAUGUGGAAAGUUACACUAAAAUUAAAACCUGCAGAGAAUGUUUUCUUUGCUGUGCUACUGUAUAGUCUUGUUCACCUUGUCCAUUCGGUUUUAAUAUCCUAAUCUGCAAAAUUGGAUUUUGUACUUAUUUCAUUUAUUUUGGGCUUUUAACCUCAAUUAUCUGCGUAACCUUGGAUUCAACAGUAGGCAGACUAUUUUAUAAUCGUGUUCUGUUUGCUCAAAGACAUCAAUACUCUGCCUGACAUCUUCCGCACUUAUGUUGUUUUUUAGCCUAUGUUGGAGGAAUUUUACACGUGCCACUAGACUAUGAAUUCCCCAGUGAAGAUAAACGUCGUCUUUGCGUUGGUACUGCUCACUUGAGCCCAAUUGAUGCCAUAUAUUUUUAUUGAUGCAACUCAUCAGAGUGUUUUUAAGCUUUUAUGUCAGCUCAUGUUAAUGGCAUGAUUUGGAUUGCCUAUAAUGCUGAAAGGCUGUACGUUUUAAGUCUAGUUACUAGAAAACGUCAGGUUGAUGGAGCUGUUUACAAGCUGAACAGCAAUCAUAUUCUACUUUAUAUCUACUUGAGAAUGUGAUUUAGUGAAUCAGUUCUUAAUGCGGAUUGCACUAUAGAGAUGUUGUACCAAAUGGAUCGUAUUAUACACCUGCACUUUUUGCACAGAUUCGUAACCCUUAGACUGCUUAUGCACUACUGAGCAAAACAAACCAAGGAUGACUCCUCUGACCCUUCCGACUUUUUUAGUUUUAUUUAAUGGAUAAAAAGAAAACAAAGUGAUAGAUUCAUUGAGAUGUAUCUAUCACAAUGUAGCUAUAAAUGUAUCACUUAGCCCAUCAUUUUACAUUGUAGUUUUUUAUUUUUUUAUGAUGUAAUUUCUGUUUACAAGAUGUUUUAUUUAAAUUAUGUUUGAAGAGACCAACUACUACUGCUAUUCUUUUUAUAUUGAUCCGUUAGGAAUCACGUAUCUUCAAUACACAACCACACAUUACAUCAACCAAUAGCACUGGUCAGAAGUAUAAUUGUAAAAUCAGUGCAUGUUAGAUAGAAUGUUGCUCAGAUAUAUCUGACAAACAAACACCGACAUAAAUAUACUCAAAUUUGAGACUUCAGGUGUCUGGUGAAGGUGUUUAAAAUGCAAGCCGCUGUCACACAAUAUCUUACAGAUUGUUAACACAGUCCCUCCUAAGAGUGCGCAGUAACCUAAACCCCUUUAAUGUUAUGAAAUAAAAUGACAAACAUUAGAUGUAACCGAAAUAGAGUGGUGCAUGUUCAUAGAUAGAACACAGAUAAAUCAAUCCCCUUAAAUGCAACAUAGGAUUUGCAGAUUUCUAAUGCUUGCGCAAUGCAACCACUGACAUAUGUGCUUAAUGUGCAGUAACCGAGCUAAUACAUCAAAUAUAUCUGUCUAAUGAAAGGGAACGGAAAGAUAUAAAGAGAGCAGCCCAGAGGCAAUAUAACCAUAUCCAAUAAUUAACUGCACUGUUUAUUUUAUUUACCAAAAGGGCUUUGGGACAAAGUUAGAACCAGAACUUAAAGUCCAUAUGGGUAAUGUAAAUACCUGUAUGUGGACUGUAUAUGCAUAAAAUGAAAGCAGCAUACAUACUGACAUUUUUAUAUUCAACGUAAUAUAUGAAGCAACAAUUAAGAAAAUAUAUGAAUGUUUUAUGUAAUUCAGAUGGUGAUGCUCAAUUUGAAUUGUCCAGUGACCUUUCAAAGAGAUAGCAGAGAUUGGUCAUUUAAUUAUUCAGUAAACAGUUCAAAAGUCUUUGAAAAGCUAAAGUUGUGAUAUCACAAUGACCUUGAUUAUGGUUGAGGUCUGACAGGAGAGUUGUUUACGCUGUUUAGAGUGAUUAGCAUCAUAGUAAUGUGUCUGUAUGUAGUGUAUAUCAUAAUAUUUUGUUGAAUUUUGGUUUGGUUUAGUUUAGUUUAGUUACCUAAUUUUAAACGUAAAGUUUGGAGAGGUUGCAAUAUAGACAUUUUGGUUUGAGAUGAGUGGUCUUAAUAUGUUCAUACCUCUGAAACACACUGGAUAACUAUGCAUAAUUAAAAUAUGUACAUAUAUAGUCAUACACACACACAAAAACAUGUUUGUACAUGUGAAUUCCAAAAAGGAGAUGUUUUACCAGUCCUGAAAAGAAACAAUCUGUGUAUUAACACUGACAUAUUUUGCUCAGAGUGACAUCUUUACCAUGCCAUCCUGGGGUUUCUUCUUCUCAGGGUGCCCUGUCAGUGCUCACUUCUACCGAGUGACCUCAACAACUGAUUUCGGGCCAGUUUUCUUUUCAAACUCUUUUCGCUUGAUCUGCUUGAAAAGACUGAACAAUGAUGGUUACAUAGUUAUUUGUUAUGAGGGGCAGAGGUCACAAUGGUAUAUCAGGCGUCUGGACCGUUUAUCCUAUUUGAUGCGUAUUGCCUUUGUCGGGGAAAGAAUGUGUCCGUAAAUGCUUAUCAAGAAUGUGUUUCUUUUUGUAAUUAAUUAAGAACUGUAAGAAUGUGCAGAGCAUGUUAAACUUGAGCAGAACUCUUAGAGGAAAUGGAUUGCAUCACAAACCAUGUUUUGGAUGAGGAUCAAGGAUGUUCUCAUGGAUGAUGUUCUCCUGUCUGUAUAUUCUAAUGUCCUGUGUUAAAAAAAUAACGACAUGGUGUGUGAAUCUUUAAUAUUUUUUUCUUAGUAUGCAGGUGCUGGAUAGCCUGUUAAUAAUUUAUGACUCAUCAUUAGUUUUCACAUUAUUACAAUGAUGGAUAUAUUGUUAUUAUUAAUAUUAAUCUGAAAUCGAGCCACUGUCGUUGAUAAUCUUAAUUUAGGUACAAAGGCUGAGAAAAUUAGUGCACAUAGGAUGACAGAAGGUACCUGAAAGAUCUGUCGACGUUUGUUUCCACACUGUCCAAUAUACUUUUGUUUCUGUUGAAUUUGAUUACUUCUUGCCGCCAUCUUGUGGCCACGAGGCUGUAGUGGCGCUCGUGUGUUUAUAGCGGCCUUGUUUUCAGUUCAACAGUGUUGACCUUUGGAAAGAUUUCAGGCAUUAGGUCAUUCGCUGAGAUCCAUGCACAAUUCAUCUUUAUUUAUGGAUGUUUUUUAUUCAUUGUAGUGCUCUAUUUACAUUCGUGUAAACUGUUUUAUCUACAAGUGUGAAUGAUAGUUUAUUUUAUGGGCCUAGUUUAUACAUUUGUCCACGGUAACAUUUGUUCACACAGACAGAUCUUCCAAACCCCAGUCUCCUGCAGCGAUUGUGCAAUAAAUUGAGGUUUAUAUUUUUAAA